GUUACUAUUUAAGCAAAUCUUUUAAAAGCCUCUCAUUAGUAACUUUUUCAGAGCCCUAUCUAAAAUACUGUCGUCUCAUCGUGCCCCAUAUGUAACGUACUCGAUAGGGCUUUUCUAUGGUGCAUUCCUGAGAUAACACGGACCGUAAUGGUGCAUGACCGAAUAAAUUUUUUUUUUUCUCUUACUGUAGUUGUGUGAAGGCUCUCAACCAGUGGAGACAAUUUAAUUUUGGAUGCCUUGCUCCUGCACUGGUGAUAAUUCUAGUUCUUUCAUUCCUGAAGCGACGCACGAAGUUUAAAUUGCAGCUUUGGGAUGGGCGUCCUGGACUACUCAUACCGAUGAACUUUCUUGGUGGUCUUAGUAACAGAUGGACCAUUGCUUUUACGUUUGGAGCCUUAGGUAGUACAGUUAUGUACACGGCAUUGUCUGGAAGAAAAGGUGUUUCGAUUGUUCCAUCUGAAUCUCGCUGGGUAAAAAUUAUUGAUGUUUUCUUGGCUGCCCUCCUGUUUUCAAUACUAUACUAUCCAUAUUUUGCCUGCCUCACAACUGAAUACAAGUUACUUGGCGCUAUUCUUGGUUUCCUCUAUGGUGUGUUAAGGUUUUCUUUUCAACUUUCAACACAGAUACGUUGCUACGUUGCGUAUAAGGAAACGAGAUCCAUUGGACUAAUUUUUAUCCUUGACAGUUUGCCGACCACACUGUGCCUUAUGUUUAUAACAACGCGAUUUGCUUUACUUGUUGUACGACGAGUUAGACCAAUAUGGUCUGUAUCUUCUACAGAGUCAGCUGGAAAGGACUCCUGCUCUCGCUCACUGAGUCAUGAUUCUGACGCCAUUCACGUGAAGCUGAUUUUAUGCCAAAAACCUCUGAUUUACCCGGACAAAACAGAGUGGUAUUGGAAGGUUCUUUACUUUUUUUAUAAAUCAAGGGCAGAUUUCAAGUUCUCCACACAGUUGAUAUCAACAUUGUUUCUCGUCGGGAUUGCUGUCUUUGAAGUUUUGUUGGUUUUUCUCUUAGUGUUGGAAGAUGUAAUAAGCUCUCUGGGCUCUUACUCUAAAAUUCAUGUACUAAGAGGUUGUCUCUACGGAUCGUAUGUUUUCGCUGCUCUGAUUUAUGUUAUAACAACUCUUCAUUUCAUGAAGUGCCACAGGGACCACGUGCUUCAGCUUUACCGAGGAGAUAGACGCGUAAUGCAAAACGUUUGCCUCUCACCAGCCUCGUUUGUGGGAAGAAGCCUAAGUUACACUGGAUACCAAGUCGCCUAUGCCGUGAUUGGUUUCGUCGUAUUGUCAAAUUUGGGCUUUGUUUUGAUUCUCAUUCCAAGCCUUUUUCAAAUAAUACGGGAGUGGAUUUGGCGAUGUGCGAAGGGACUUGUGCCAUCGAUAGUGCUGUCCCUCCUAUUACGAUUGUUCGAGCGUUUUUUCCUAGCUCGAUAUCUCUUUCGUGACAGAGAGUACCCAGAUUUCUCAGUCGUGAUUGACAACCGGCGACUGUUCUCUAUCAUGUCCUAUGCGUUUGUUUUUCUCAACACCAUUGUUGGAAUCGUGUCUGGUCUUUUCCGGAUAGUCAAAGCUUUGAUGUUUGGGCUUUUCUUCUUCUCACGUCUCGAUCGAACUAUUUUAAUGCCAGGAUUCCAGAUGUGGGACAAAGGUUUUGUGGCGUAUCUUGGAUUUCUUCAUGUGUUGGUAGCUCACAGACAUCCCGUUGUGUUAAUGUUCUGCCAGUUGCUCAUUGAAAGCAACAAGCUAACAACUUCGGAGGAGAAACAGCAUUCCAACCACUCUACGCAGCCACACAAUGUUGGGGAGCCAAAACAAGUCACUGGAUUUACACGCGAAAUUCGCCAUCCACGCCUGGCACAGAAGGCGGUAAAUCGCUGGCUUCUUGCUGUUACUCUUCUCCGCAAUCCUUCACUAAUACAAUAUCGUCGCCGACCCUUUUCGGUACCCAUUGGACAGAGUGAGGUGGAUACGUCUUCGGUAUCGGUCUUCGUCGAUGCUUCGGUCUAAUCAUCACAUUUAGUCCAUAAUACAUGGACACUGUAAGGAUCAAAUGAAGGGCAUUUUAACGGUAGCCAAGUGUUAUAAGGUAUAUAGCUGUUUCGAAAAAGAUUGUCGGAAAAAACGGACAAAACCGCAAGCGACAGUCUCGAAAAGUAAUCUAGAUAUCCGUUAAUCAAUUCAUUUUAUUAAGUAAAAAAAAAAAAAAACCGAUGAAUCAAACCCUUUGUUCCUUGUCCUAAAAAUGAUAUUGUUUCUCAUAUUUUUCUGGCAUCCAGGUGCUGUGACCUGAAAACUACCCACAAUACCCUUAGACGUUAUCACAAUAGCCCAUUUCUAGAUUACCCUUAGCUCAUUUCUGGAUUAGCCUUAGCCUCUUUUUCAAAACGAGGCCUGGUGCUCAACCAUUCUUGUGAAAAUGAGUUUAAUUUGCAUGUGAUUGAAAA